AUGAAGACAAUUGCUGUCGUUUUAUUUGCACUGACUUCUGCUACAGCGGUCCAUGUGGGCUAUGCGCCUCCAGCGGCCACUAGCUAUAUAUACCGUAGCGAUAACGGUGGUCCAGGAAGUCUUGUUCAAUUAGGAGUUCAUGGUUACCAGCAGCCUCAGAUAUUCGCACCUCCUUUACCUCUAUCGCAACCAUUGAAAGCGAUCCAAACUUACGAUCUAGCUCCAGCUCAUUUACCUUACAUUGCUGCAAAGCCUAUUGUGAUUGAAGACGCCGAGGAUGAUGAAGAAUCUGACGAGGAAUCUGCUGAAUACGCGGACGGAGGUCUCAAAGGACUUGACCACGGUUAUGAGAAAGGUGCUGGCAGCGAUUACAGCGAAGAACAUCACGCAGCUCACGGUGAGAAAGGCAGUAAAGGUUACAAAUCUAAAGACAAUCACGCUGAAGGAGAAUCUGGCCACUACGGCAAGGAGCACAACGAAGGAUUCUAUAAAGAAGGUGAAGGCAAAAAGGUAGCACAUCACAACGAGGCUGAUGCUCACGGUAAACAUUACGAAUCAGGCAAAAGCUACAAGGGAGGAGAUCACGGACACAAGAAGCAUUUCAGCAAAGGAGAAGACAUUACGGGUUACCACAAGGUGUUCCACAAGGACGAGUUCAAGAAGGACCACGACUUUUAUGACGUAGCUGAUAAGAGCGGACACUUCAAUAAGCACGGAUACGAAAACAAACAUCAUGGGUCUGAGGAGGGAAGUCAUAAAAAGGGUGAACAUAGUGACGCUGGUUACGAAAAGAGCGCCCACGGAAAGGCUGGUUUCCAUGCUAAAGGUCAUAUAGAUGAUGGUCACAAAGGUUAUUCUGCUGAGGAAGGCAAUGAUAGCCAUUACGAUCAUCACGAAGAUUACGGCAAGAGUGGAGGCAGUGGUCAGGAAAAAGAGUUCGGGUACGCGGACGAUGACGAUGAUGAUGACAACGACAAAUAUUAA